AUGUUUCCACUGCUAGUCAAGAGCUAUCAGCGAGCUGAAGAUCCCCAUCCCAAUGCUCUGCUUUUGAUACUUUGCGGAGCUCCACGUGAGAGUUGGAGUCAAAUUCAAUCGACUCGAACCUCACGUACCAAGAAAGCGACUAUGGUAGACAGCGACAGCGACGAUGAGCUCAUGAGUCGCCUCACGCGCAGCCUGAGCAUGAGUUUUGCAGCCGGUUCGGGCGCCGAGUGUGCUUACUGCGACAAGGACAACGCCCCGCUAUUCUGCACUAUUUGCACCACGGCAUCAUAUUGCAACGAAACGUGCAAGAGAAGACACGCGCGCACUCACCGCAACCUCUGCAUAAAAAUGAGGAUGGAGAGAGAAGCGGCCGGGGGAGACGAGGAAGAAGAGUCCGACAACGAACACGACGAUGAGAGCGAUUCAGAGAGCGAAGAAGUCACCCGUUCAGUUGAGUCGGCUGGUCGUGGAGGUGGCGGCAUUGCUGUUCCUGGUCUCACACCCAUUCAGGUUAGAAAACUGCUGGACUUGGCAGCUCGAGCAGAUACGUUGACGAUCAAUUCGUCCUUGGACAAACUGCAGAAGCAGGUCUCGCAGCUCACGGCAGACAAGAAGAAUGGCAGUAGCGCUCAUCCGGAACGAGUAGAACCGAGUGCGAGUUUGAAGGAGAUCAGGAGACUGCAAGAAAAGCUGAACGAGCUGGAGCAAAAGACAAAGGCGAUGACGUUUGCGGUACCGACAAGAGGUGUGACAACUGUAGCUUCAGUCAAUACACCGCUAUUGGUAAAGAGCGACCCGAAGUUGACGAAAUACUUCAAGUUGAAAGACAUGAACAUGCCUGUCGAUCAGAUCAAGGUCAAGAUGAAAGGCGAUGGAGUGUGUCCGGAUCUACUGGACACACCCAACGCGGUCUCUCCUAACGAUACAGGCCCGAAGAAGGGCGAGUACAUCCACAUGACGGUAGUAAAUGAUCCAGUCUUUCGGAGAUACUUCGAGUUGAAGAGUACGGACAUGCCAAUGGACGAGAUCAAGAUGCAGAUGGAAGCUGACGGUGUGGAUCCCAUUCUCUUGGAUGAACCCGAUGCUGUGUCUCCGAAUGACCAUGGGGUAAGAUGUCUGCAAUGCGAUUGCAAGUUGAGCAGAUGGUAUCUCGCAGCUAUUCUAACAUUCAGUGGUGACGCGGCCGUCGAUGCAGGUCUCGCUCCAGGAGUUGUCAAGUGGAAUCGCACCGGCCAGUCCAAUGCAGGGCAGUCUCAACUGGCCUACACCAGCGUCUGUUGCUCCUUAUAA